GUUGUUUUAUGAAAAUAGCGACGGCAGUAGCCAGAGAACUUGAACUCUAUCGAGUACAUUCUUCGUGAUUUAGCACACACAUAUGUUUAUACGAGUGUCAGUUGAGUUUUUCUUGUUAUUAUUGGCUUAGUUUUAUUCGAAAAUCGUUACUAAGAUUAUGAUGAAGGUUUUGGCGUACGAAAUCGGUUCGAAAUAUACGGGGCGUUCGCGUGUUAUCGACCAAUAUGUCACUGUCAGUAACGCACAAUUAGGAAUAUGUUGAAAACCAGAUUUAAUAAACGAUUCGAAGAACAGAUGGACGAUGAUUCAGACGACAAAGAUUCAAAAAGAAAAUCUAGAAAUUUGAGUGAAAAAAAACGUCGGGAUCAAUUCAACAUGUUAGUAAACGAGUUGAGUUCGAUGGUUUCGAGCGGUAAUAGAAAAAUGGACAAAUCCACGGUUUUGAAAUCGACGAUUUCGUUUUUGAAAAAUCACAACGAAGUUACGGUGAGAUCGCGCGUUAACGAAAUAGAAGAAGAUUGGAAACCGACGUUUCUGACCAAUGAAGAAUUCAUCCAUCUCAUUUUAGAAGCCGUAGACGGUUUCAUUAUAAUAUUUUCGACGUCUGGUCAAAUAUAUUAUACUUCGGAAGGUAUAGCUUCUUUAUUAGGGUAUUCCCCGAAGGAAAUAUCGAAGACGACGAUAUAUCAGCUGAUUAGCGAAGACGAAUACACGAACGUAUAUAACAUUUUGAAUCCUUCUCAGGAAGACAAACAAAUAUCCUUUACGUGUCAUUUGAAACGUGGCGGUUUCGAAACGAAAACGGACGAAUCCUUCGAAAUGGUACAUUUCGAAGGAUAUUUUCGUCCAGAUGAAAAUUUAUUACGCAACGAGAACGUAUACGGGGGCGAAACCGAUACGAGAUUAUUAUUUGUCGGGACGGGACGUAUCCAAACACCAUUAUUGAUCAAAGAAAUGCCUUUGACAGACUCGACGAAAAGUGAAUUUACGUCUAGGCAUAGUCUGGAAUGGAAAUUUCUGUUUUUAGAUCAUCGAGCCCCGCCAAUUAUUGGGUAUUUACCUUUCGAGCUCUUAGGAACGUCAGGAUACGACUAUUACCACAUAGACGAUUUAGACAAUGUUGUAGUAUGUCACGUGUCUCUGAUGGAAAAGGGAGAGGGUACGUCGUGUUUUUACAGAUUCUUAACCAAAGGUCAACAGUGGAUCUGGUUACAAACAAGAUUCUACAUCACGUACCACCAAUGGAACUCCAAACCGGAAUUCAUAGUUUGCAAUCACAGAGUUGUAAGUAACACGGAGAUGGCGAAACGAAACAGCGAAGGAGAAUCAACUAACGAAGAACCGUCGCCUUGGUCCGUCUCAAGUCCGACCGGUACGACCGAAACGAGCGUGGUGAGACACGGAUCCGCCUCGGAUUGUACUUCGAUGUCCGCAGACUCGCCCGCUUCCAGGCAAUCGAGUCAUAGAAAAUCUCAAAGUAAUUACGUCCCCCAGAAUCCCCCCCACGUAGUACAACCUAUACAAUCCGAACCAAUCGUCCAUCAACAUCAGAUACAACCGACUCAGUUUACGGAUCCUCAACAUUAUUUAACAGCCAUACCUGUACAACAGCUGAUCAACAAUUUUCCCUCGCCCGGUAUACUAUCACCAGCUCCGGUUGAUAAUAUCGUGAUGCCUAAUGCGCAGUCUCAGUUGCAAGUUGAUCUUCAGAGGAAGCAUGCAGAACUACAAGCUGUGAUUGGGCAGCAACAACAAGAACUUAGAAGAGUCUCGGAGCAAUUGUUGAUGGCAAGACUUGGAAUAUUACCUGGUUCACAACAAGUGGAACCAGCCAUAUCUUACCAAACCUCAAAUCAAGGAAUAGUCAGUAGUACCACCACAGCGAUUCAAGGAUUACCUGCUAUACCAGGACAAGCCUCUGUAAUCGUACCAGCAGUAUCCCUACCUCUACCAUUGCAACAACAGACUUUGAUAUACAGUAACCCCGAUUCCAAUACCCAAACAAAGUGAUUAAGUGUUUUCAUAUUAAAUUUCAUCCAUUUUUUUACAAAAUUCAUUAAAAUAUUUAUAUUGGUUUACGAAAUUUUGAGAAAAAUCACAAUUUUUCAAAUUAAAUUUCAUUUAAAAUAAUUUAUUAUCGGUUGAAGUCGGACAUUUUGAGUUCAGUUGAGUUUAAUAAUGAAUUGAAUUAAUACCUAAUUGGAAUUGAUAAUAUAAAAGGUAAUUAUAGUUUACCCCGUAGCUAAUAUCCAAAAAUUUCAUUAAAACCUUUAUAUUAUUAAUAAUAAUCGAAAAAUAAGAAUAAAUGAUUACCUUCGGUUUUUUUGGCGCGUCUACUGUCUACACAAAACUUAUCACAAAAAAAACACUCACAACACUUUUUUAUUAUAACAAUAACACUAAACAAACACUUAAAAUCGUUUCACUAUUUAUGAUUGCACUUUUUAUAUCGAUUUUAUUUGUUUAAAUAAUAAUUUUGUAUAACUUUCCACAACGCGCAACCUUUCGUCUACCGGUGUCACACGACAACUAACCUAAACACUUUCGAGACUCAACUGUUUUCCAAAAUGGCGUAGUUCAAUUCGAUUAUUUAUAUCGAUGUUUAUAUUUUGAAUAAUAUAUUUAAAAAAAACGACAUAAUUAUUGUAUAUAUUUUGAAAAUAAUGAAUUUCUAUAUUUUAUUAACACCUAUUUUAAUUAUUGUGAUAUAUACAGACAAAUAAAAACGUAUAUUUCAA